UGUUUCAUAAACAUUAGACUGUUCGAACUGCCACUUACUAAUUCAGUAGUAUUUACGAAAUACAAUGGAAUUCAUAUUUGAAUGUUUCUAUGAGGAUACCUUGGAUAAAUUAUGCCGCAAUGGUCUACAGGAUAGAAGCUCCAGACGAGAUGUUUUGGAUCAUUUAAAUGCUAUUAUUGGUGGUUGUAGUGAUGGACAAAAUAUGCACACUGAGGAGGUGGCUCGUAUUGCUGUCUUGGCUGCCGUUCGUUAUCAUCGUGAUAAAAAGGAUGGCAAUGGUGAUGUCUGUUUAAUGGGCAAAUUUCACAAUAUUUUAUACAUUGCCAUGCGUACGUGCUGGGAUUGGGGUGUAAGAGAUUCAGCGGUUGUUGUGGUUUUGCUGGAGGAAAUCUAUUCGUGCGAGAAAACAUUUGAACGUAUUUUCUUGGGUGCUUUAUUUGGGACACAUGCACCACAUUUCAUAGCUGGCUGGCGUAGUGACUUUCGAGAUCAGGAUGAGAAUACCAGGGCCAUGGUUUAUUUUCUACAUCAUGCAACAAGUCUUGAUAUGACACUACCCGUAUGGAUUGCACGUUAUGAACAGGAACGUUUGAUAAAAUUCAUUGAUAUUCCAAUCGAAUCCUGUGGUCGUUCAUCACCACUACGUGUAGCUUUACAGGCGAGUGCACCUGAUUUACUGUUGAUUUUACUCAGAUAUGGCGCCGCACCAAAUCCACCGGAUGGUGGCAGUUCCGUUGUUUUAGCUUUACUUGAUAAAUUGAUUGAAAAUGGUCGUAAUUAUGUGUUUCAAAAUAUCUCUUGCUUGCAAAUAUUAUUGCGUAAUAUACCGCUUAUUGAAUUGCCAUUUAAGCCCAUUGUUCUGUACAAUACCCGACGUGAUAUGUUUGUGGAGCGUUAUGGCUGCUUAUUACGUGAUAAUAUUGUGCCACUGGAGCAAGUAUUUGGCGUUAUGUCUCUAAGACAUUUGUGUCGCUGUCGUAUACGUGAUUUGCUGCGAAGUAAUGGACAAUUACCCGAUGGCAUUGAUACUCUGCGUUUGCCAAGACGUUUGCAACGUUAUAUCGAUUUAAUGGAAGAGAUUGAGGAAACCAAAGACAACAAUGAAAACGACAAUGAGUGUAGUAAAAAGCCAAGAAAAAAGAACACCAACGAAACUGAUGCCAAAAAAUGUAAUACAAGCACGAAAAAGAAACAAGUUACAUUUACAACUGAGUCAAUUUCAACAGCAGAGGCAGCAACACAACCAGAAACAGAGUCAGUAGUAGAAGCUGCAACAACAACAACAACCAUGACAGCUACAACAUCUUCAUCAUCAGCGACAACUACAUUAUUAUCACCUUCAGACCUACACCGGCCAAAUUCCGUGAGCGAGGAUGCUGUCAGCUCUAAUUCUUCCACAGGAGUGGUAGCAGUAGCUGAGACAGUUUUAGAUAAACCUUUGACACUUUGAUUUUUAUACAGUAUUCUUUUCAUUUUAAAAAGUAUCUUUAAACUACCCUUUUCUUGAGGUUUUAUUUUAACAAUAUUUGAAAAGUUUUUCCCUCUUCGUUACAAUUUUUGUCAAGUAGGAAA